AUGAAGCAGACGUGGGACGAGAUAAGGGACGAUCACAUUGUCAACCACCUUGGUACGAACUACGCCAGUAAUCGGUGGCAGGCGUGGAGCCUCAGGAUGGAACGCUACAUGCCCAGCUUCGACAUAUUGAAUUUAGUCAUCAUGUACAUUAUGCUCACAAGGGGUGUGGUUGACAAGUACGCAGACCACGUUCUGCCAGACAUCCACCUGGACAACGCAUUGGAGGGCUACCCCGAUCAUGAUGGAACCAAGGAGGCCGAUCAGGUGAAGGACUUCAGGAAGCAAGGAGGGCCCAUUGGAGUCGUUGCUAGGAUCCUGUCGAUGCGGACGUCCCGCCAACUCGCCAUCGGCCUCAUGCGGGCCCCGAGUCCAGUGGAGGAUCAAAUGAUGGAAGACAUCACGAGCCGAAGUACAGCGAUGGGAUUCUUCAACGUGGACACCGACAUGGCCUCUGGUGGCAGAGACAAGGUUUUCCAUGCUGUGCUCGGCAUGCUAGGCGACGACGAUUUCUUGAACGAGUGCGGCUUCUUGCGUCAGGGUGACGCGUUCGACCCAGAUACUCCGCAGGAGGACACACUUGUUGUCGAGGCGUUGUUUGGGUUUGCGUUGCGGUAUGUGGCGAACGAGAUCAAGUAG